AUGGACAACCCACCAGAAGAGAAUAUGGAUGGCUCGUCCAUUAAGCCUGUUUCCUCUUUGCGCGCCCAAUUCGAGAACCUACUCAGUAGUAAUAAGUCGACGUCUUCGCUGCCCGCCGCCCGUCAGCGCUCUCCCGGUGCUACUGAUCGCCUUCCUGCGCCCGACGACAACCGAAGGUCAGAUGGGCGCAUUUCCCUCGACAUACCCAGGGAGCAUGUUUCCCACAGCUCCCUCAGCGUGGUCGACUACAGCGGCUCCGGCUCCGUGACGCCGCGGUCCAGCACACUUGGGCGCAUGCCCUGGAACAGCAGUGGGAAGCCACGACCUACGUCUAUGAUGGCCUUCUCACCCUCACCCCCCAGAUCACCCACCAAUUCGCCGCCCAAAGUCCUGGUCCAGUCUCCAAAACCUUCACCCAAACUCGGACCAGGAUCGCACAUUUAUGCGCCGCAGCCCUCGCGACCGACCUCUCAUACCGCUCUGGACUCCUCCAACGGCUCAAGCCGCACCAACGAUCUGCAAAAGAGCGACCGCCCGACAGCGUCUGCGCCCCCAGUGCCUCCGCCUGUAAAUCGGGCUGGGAAACCCAAGAUAGCCCCAAAGUCGCAUUCGGUGGACACGACGGCGCGCGCGAAUCUAGCGCCAGAAGCCACGUCAGAUGCCGUUGACUUGUCUCCCUUCAGCACACCACCCAGUAGCAGCGGGGAGAGCGCCAAGGGCGAGUCACCGUAUGUCAACUCGGGCUUCCCCAAGCCCAAGAUGAAUUCGACAAACAACGGAUACUUUCCACCCCCUCCGGUACAUCCUGCUGUGGCCGAAAAGCUAUCUUCCCUCGAGUCUCGCCAAACAGGAAAGCAACCCAUGAAGAAGGCUGCACCACCACCAUUGCCAAGCGAAGUGCCAGAUGACCGCCCUACACUACCCGUACGGAGAGAAAAGGACAACUUUGAUUUGCGCAAGAGUGUGCAAAUUCAAAGAGCGGUCCCGCCAGAGUUGCCUGUCCGCCGCUCUCUUGAUCAAUCCCGUCCUACUCAGAUAGGACAGGAGACGGAUAGCAAAUUCAGAUUGCCUCCGAGGCGAACAAACACAACCGGUCACCUAUCCAGGAACCCUGCAAAACCUUUAGAGCCCCCGAGACCGCCGCCCCCACGAAAUUCUGUGGAAAUGAGACGACCUUCUCAAGCAGCGCCUAUGCCAGCGUCGCAGCUAUCGCAGCCGCGCUACUACGACUCUGACGAGGAGGACAUGGACGGAGACAAACAGCCAACUACUGCUCUAACAGAAUACCCAGACUCUUCUCAAGCAAAUCGUAGACCACCAGUAUUUCCUGACGGCACAACCGGCAUCCCCACCGGCUACGAAACCAAACUCUUUGCUAUCUGUGGCGAUUACAUCUGCACCACGGGAUACGUGACAAAUGUGUGGAAUAUUCUGACCGGACGGUUGCUCAUGAGCUUGUCGCAUGGCGAUACAGUCAAAGCUACAGCAGUCGCAUUCAGACCAGCAAAAGAUGUCGAGGAUGAGGGAAAGAGACUAUGGCUGGGAACAAAUACUGGCGAGAUGCUUGAGAUUGAUAUCCCCACACAAAGUGCCGUAUAUACGAAGGCCAAUGCGCAUGCGAGGAGCGUCAUUGUAAAAAUCUUCCGAUAUGCCUCAGAGAUGUGGUCCAUGGAUGAAGAUGGUGCAAUCCAUAUUUGGCCGGCUGACGAACUCGGGUGCCCGUCUUUGCAACAAACUCCACAUACAUUCCGCAUUCCUCGAGGCAACACCUUCUCAAUCGUAUCUGGAUCGGAGCUUUGGGUAGCCUCGGCCAAAGACAUCCGGGUCUACUCACGCACCAUGGACAGUAACCAUUUUGUUCAACUGACAGAAGGACCACUCUCGCAACUCAAUGUCGGUGAUGUGACUUCUGGUGCCAUCAUCAGCAGUCAGCCCGAUCGCAUCUACUUUGGCCAUGCUGAUGGCAAGGUCACAAUAUAUGCUAAGAAGACUCUCGAAUGCCUGGGAAUUGUCAAUGUCAGCGUGUACAAGAUUAGUUCAUUAGUUGGCGUCGGCGAUUUCCUCUGGGCGGGCUACAGUACGGGCAUGAUCUACGUGUAUGACACGAAAUCUAAUCCCUGGAAGGUCUUGAAGGACUGGAAGGCCCACGAAAAACCAAUAGCCGGAAUAUUGGCAGACCGUACCAGCAUCUGGAAGCUUGAUAGAUUCCAAGUAGCAUCGCUAGGGACCGAUUCCAUGUUGCGCGUUUGGGAUGGCAUGAUGAAAGAAGACUGGCUUGAAACUCUAAUGCAACAGCGUGAUUCCGAGUAUUGCGAAUUCCGAGAACUCUCGGCGCGAGUCAUGACCUGGAAUGCUGGUGCAACCAAGCCCACCACGAUCCGUGGCACAGAAGAAGAUCGAAACUUCUUCCGGGAAUUACUCGAGCCUGCGAACCCGCCGGACAUUCUUGUGUUUGGUUUCCAAGAGCUAGUGGACCUGGAAGACAAAAAGAUAACCGCUAAGAGCAUUUUCAAGAGAAAGAAACACAAGGAGACGUCUGAACAUGAGCACAUGUCUCACCAGUACCGGGCAUGGCGAGAUCACCUUGUGCGUGUCUUGGAUGAGCAAGUCCCUCAGCAAAACUAUGUGUUGUUGCAUACUGCGAAUCUUGUCGGCCUUUUCACUUGCGUCUUUAUCAAGGAGUCGGAGCGGGCCAACAUUCGCGACGUGUGUGCCGCAGAGAUCAAACUUGGAUUCAGCGGCCGCGUGGGAAACAAAGGCGCUCUUGUUGUGCGCUUCUUUAUUGACGAUUCUUCAUUGUGUUUUAUCAACUGCCAUCUAGCAGCUGGCCAGACACAGACAGUACAUCGCAACAACGACGCGGCUGCCAUCAUGGAGAGUGCUCCUCUGCCAAAAAAUCGCUCGCCGACCUCCUGUGCAAACUUCUUCGUCGGAGGAGGUGACGGUUCCAUGAUCUUAGAUCAUGAGAUUUGUAUCCUCAAUGGUGAUCUCAACUACCGCAUUGAUGCCAUGCCUCGUAGCUCGGUUGUUACCGCAGUCCAGCAGGGAAAUCUGGCCAAGCUUCUCGAACGCGAUCAGUUGCUUCUGUCACGGAAACGCAACCCUGGUUUCCGUCUCCGUGCGUUCACCGAGUCGCCUAUCAACUUUGCUCCAACGUACAAGUAUGAUCCAGGCACAGACAACUACGACACUUCUGAGAAGCAGCGGUCGCCAGCAUGGUGUGACCGUCUCCUGUAUCGCGGUCUUGGUAGAAUCAAACAGUUGGAAUACCGGCGGCACGACACCAUCAAAGUCUCAGAUCACCGGCCUGUCAGUGGAAAAUUCAAACUCCGCGUGAAAACGAUCAAUUCAAAGAAACAAGACGCUACAAGAGACAAAGCCGAGGUGGAGUUCGAAGCGGUGCGACGGCGGAUAGCAGGAGAUAUCAAGCUGGACUAUCUGAUCAAUGUUUUCGGCUUGUCCAGUAGAGAAGCACAAAAGCUACUUAAGGGAACAUGA